GAGAGGCGAAAAUCAUUCAAACCAUCUAUCCGCGAGCAGUGUCGGUCCAUUAGACCUGAUUAGAGGCAACAACUCUACUCUUAUUGGCCCGGGCGUAUAAUUUACAUAAUUGCCCCUAAGCGGGAGGUAUGGUGUGUACAGGACAUCUACUAAACUAUCUCUGCCGACCGUUAAACGUCAGCGACUGUGGCAGCCACCGUACAGUAUACCCACCGCUCGGGGCGUUGACUCGAUGCUUGGACAACCACACGGAAUAAUUCCACUGUGACUAUGAGCUAUGUAAGAUCAGAUAUAUUCGCUUGUGGUAUGACUUGGGGGUUUACAUGUGUACCGUGAGUGCAGAACUCCAUAGCUGUGGAUUUUACCGCCACAGAGACAACUUGCUCCGAGAAGUCACGGGGACAAUUAUCGAAGGUCUUAUAACUGACACUGCUCGAGCUGGAGGUUUACCAGUUUGUUCAUUAUGGAGGGUGUUACUCAUUUAAAUGUUCGAUGGAGAAGUCUUUCUGACUUCAAACACUUCUCGAGUUACCUCGUUGGGAUGCUAUGUUUUAUUCAAGCAAUUCCUGUUGUAUACGGACAGUGUCCGAAACGGGUCCAGGAUCAUGCCAAUGCGUGCAUGGCCGAUUAUAGCACACAGUUCCAAAAUAUGCAAAGUGAUCGGAGGAAGCUGUUCAGCGGUAUGGAUGUUGAGCCUUUGAGAGCAUUUUGCAGCGGCUACAAGCAGUCUAUGGCGUGUAUAGAAGUGUUAAAAAGAAACUGCUCUAACAACUCCCAAGAAGCUUACCCCAAGAUAGACACAGCUCUUUUAAAUCUAAAAGGUGCGCGCACUGCGCUGACGGACCUGUGCAAAGAUGAUAAUUUGUACGAAGUUUAUGCAAGAUUUCGAACCUGCUUUGUCACGGAAGGACCGGCAUCGGAAUACUGUUUCACACGUAUAAUGAACGUGUCCAUACAACUUUUAACGACGUUAGACUAUAAGUCAACAGACGAAUUAUGUAGUGAUAUGAGGCAAGUCAUGCAAUGCAUCAAAUCCAAUAUUGAGUUGCACUGUGGAAUGGAAGCUUCGACUAUAGUAGAAAAACUGGUCCGACCGAUGGUGCGGGGAAGCUCCCAGUGUAGUUUCAUUGAAAUACCCAUGACAGUGAACGACGGAGAGAAUACGACACCGACAUAUAAAUCUGGUGGAAGACGAUCGAAUACUCGAGACUCGGGCGAUAACGGAACAAAUUUUUCACACUCGAGGACACUAAGUUGUGUUUACUUGAUACUGUUUCUCGUUGUUGUUCUUUUGUGCUGACAUUCGCCUAUAUUUCAAAGACAAUGGUUCGGCGCUCAGUUUUUUGUUGUCGUCAAAGUUAACUGCAUAAUCACUAUUUCUCUGUCUUUCAAGUGAUGUCUAUGAGGGGCACUCAAAACACCAAGAAACUCACGAUUCUGGGGCAGUUUUUUAUAUGCAUACUUCGACGUGCCUUUGUUCGUUAUCCGGCACCUGAAUGAGUGUGGACGAACUGAAAACGUCCGAACAUCCUACCACAGUGCGUGGGGUCUGUGGGCGUGGCACGGGGAGACAUUACCGAACUUCUUGACGUGACUUGCCACGCAUAACAAGUAUGAGUGCCAAUGUGUCAGCUGUAAAUCUUUCUUUAAGGUGAUGGGAUUAUUCAAAGAUGUACAUAAUGGUAUAGAUCUAUCAUGGGACACGCCAUCGCUAUUUUUAAGGAUACAACUUCUUAUCUCAGACGG